AUGUCAUUGAACUUACACUAUGUUGCCUUAAACUAUAUCUCUGCAACUUUUGCUACGGCAGUUACGAACACGAUUCCUGCUAUGGUUUUCAUUAUAGCAGUUUUGUCGAGGAUUGAAAACCUAGCAAUAAGGAAGAAACAUGGAUGGGCCAAAGUAUUGGGCUCCGUACUCGGCAUCUCAGGAGCUAUGGUCUUCACAUUCUAUAAGGGCCCAUACCUAUACUCUGGGUCCAAUAACGAGGCCCACAAUCUAAUUGCAAGGAGCUACUCAAAAGAAGAAUGGAUCAAGGGCUCCCUCCUCUUGCUUGGAUCAAACUUGACAUGGUCCAUUUGGCUUGUCAUGCAGGCUCCAAUUUUGAAAGAAUAUCCUGCAAAAUUGAGGCUCACAACAUUACAGUGUGGCUUCAGUUGCUUAGUGUCAGCAGUGUAUGGUGCAAUUAAGGAAAGAGAUAUAUCAUCUUGGAAGCUUGGUUGGAAUAUAAAUCUCUUGUCUGUGGCUUAUUCUGGCAUUGUCGUGUCCGCCAUAAAUUAUUCAAUGCAAGUUUGGGUUGUGGAGAAAAAAGGCCCAGUAUUCACUGCAAUAUUCAGCCCAUUAGCACUCGUGUUGACGGCCCUCUUCUCAGCUAUUCUUUUUCAUGAAUCACUCUACUGGGGAAAUGUUUUGGGAGGUGGAAUGCUGGUGGCUGGGCUUUAUGCUUUCUUAUGGGGGCUUCCCAAAGGCGGCCGCAGCGGCUACGAGAUGGAAAGGAACGAGAUGAAGAAAGUGUUUUUGAAUAUCUCUAGCGCCGGUGGCAGCGACAGAGAGGAGGAGGGGAAGGUAGAGGCUGUGGGAAGUAAGAAUCAAGUGGUGGGGUGGCCGCCGUGGCGGCUUACCGGAGGAAAAAUAACUUCGGGCGGGAUAAGAUGUGCGUGA